CUGCAUUGGCCAGGCGGCACGUUUUCGUGUCCAGACUUAGGGUCCCCCCACCUGACGUUUCCUUCGUACAUCUCGUGCCCUGGUCAUAGACUGUCUCACAGCUUCGGGGCCAUUCCAUUGAGUUCGUCUAGGCAGAUGACAUCACCCAUGGCCCAAAUAUAUAUACCAUUCCUUCCUACCGUUCCCACCCACUAAUACCCCUCACAGCAAUGUUUCCCUCAAGAAUUUCUCGAGCAGCAACUACUGGCUUUGGUGGAGCCAACAUGCCGAGGUUCAUGAUGAACCAGCCCAAGAACAACAGUGUGGUCAUGGGCGUCGCAGGCUUGAUGGGCCUCACAGGCUUGCUCUACUGGUGGGGCUACCAUGACAUGGAGCUUCGGCACCCCGUAACGGCAGAAGCCGUCGAACCACCCACUUCGAAGACUUAAGUACUUCGAUUUACAACCUAACCCCCACUCCCAAAGUACUUAAUUAUUCGCGGUGGACCCUGUACGAGACGAAAGACGAAAAAGGAACUGUAUAACAGAAAUACAGAGCAGGAUGUACAAUAGUCAUACUAAAAAGCAUUCCCAUCCCCAUUCAUCAUACUUCUAUCAUCUUCGCAUCGUUUAGCUCUUUGGCUUUCGAUUGAUCGAUGAGGUAGCAGAG